AUGUACCUGUCCGUGCUCGACGAAGCUGUGGGAUGUGUCUUGGGGCAGCAUGAUGAUUCUGGAAGAAGAGAGCAAGCCAUUUAUUAUCUUAGUAAGAAGUUCACAUCUUACAAGGCAAAAUACACAUUUCUUGAAAAGAGUUGCUGUGUGUUGGCCUGGGCAGCUCAAAAGCUGAGGCAUUAUUUGUUUAGUCACACCACCUACCUUAUCUCUCGUUCAGACCCUUUAAAGUACUUAUUGGAGAAACCAAUGCUGAUCGGAUGCAUGGCUAAAUGGCAAAUGAUCCUUUAUGAAUUUGGCAUCAUUUUUACCACGCAAAAGGCAAUCAAGGGCCAGGCUAUAGCAGAUCACUUGGCUGAAAAUCUGAGGGAAGAUGAUUAUCAAUCGCUUCACACUUAUUUUUCGGAUGAGGAGGUCUUGUUCAUUGGUAUAGCAGAGGAUAUGAAUGAGCGAUGCUCUGAGUCGAGGCUGUUCUUUGAUGGUGCUUCAAAUUCUUUCGGAGCUGGUAUUGGAGCUGUUCUAGUAUCACCUGAAGGAAAACAUUACCCCGAUUCCGCUAAAUUACAAUUUUUCUGCACCAACAAUAUGGUUGAAUAUGAGACUUGCAUUUUUGGACUCAAAAUGGCAUUAGAGAUGGAGAUUAAGGAUUUAAUAGUAUUCAGUGAUUUUGAUUUGCUCGUGCAUCAAACGCUCAGAGAAUGGAUCACUCGGGAUUCAAAGAUCUUGCCAUAUCAUUGCAGUUUACUAAAUUUGGCAAACAAAUUCGGAAGUUUGGAGUUCAGGCAUAUUCCACGUGUCAGAAAUAUUUUUGCUGAUGCUUUGGCUACUUUAUCUUCAAUGAUUCAACAUCCAGAUGAGUUGGUGAUUGAACCUAUCCAGAUUCAGUUACAAGAAAAGCCUGCACAUUGUCUAGUUUUGAAAAAUCUUCUGAUGGCCGUCCCUGGUGCUGAUACAACUGCUAAAAGCUUCUUGCGCAGAUUAUCAUCCAAGUUUUUCUUAAAUGGAGAAGUGGUUUACAAAAGGACAUCAGACUUGGGCCUUCUAAGAUGUGUUGAUGAAGAUGAAGCAGAUUAUUUGAUGAAAGAAGUGCACAGUGGUUUAUGCGGAUCACAUAUGAAUGGGCAUUUACUAGCAAAGAAGAUCAUGAGGACAGGAUAUUUUUGGCUUACUAUGGAGCAUGAUUGUGUAGUUUUUGUCAGGAAAUGUAUUACAUGUCAAAUGCAUGGAUAUGUUAUGCGCACUCUCCCCAUAGAAUUACACAGUAUGACUGCUUCCUGGCCAUGUUCAAUGUGGGGUAUGGAUGUAAUUGGAACUAUUGACCCUCCUGCUUCAAAUGGACAUCAUUUUAUUCUGGUGGCAAUUGAAUACUUUACUAAGUGGGUCGAAACUGAGUCUUACAAGCAUGUGACUAGGAAGGUGGUGACCGAUUUUCUAAGGAAACACAUCAUUUGUCGUUUAGGGGUACCAGAGACAUUGAUCACCGACAAUGCUAAGAAUCUCAACAAUGACAUGGUGGAUGGAUUGUGCGAGCAGUUCAAGAUCAAACAUCGGAAUUCUACUAUUUAUAGACCACAGAUGAAUGGAGCUGUGGAGUCCGCGAAUAAGAACUUGAAGAAGAUAAUCCGUAAAAUGACUGAAAGACAUCGUGAUUGGCACAAGAAGCUCCCCUAUGCAUUAAUGGCAGAUAGAACUUCUAUUCGGACUUCUACUGGGACAAUGCCUUACAACCUCAUGUACGGAAUGGAAGCAGUUUUGCCAGCUGAGGUUGAAAUCCCUUCUUUGCACAUACUAAUGGAGGCCAAACUAGAUGAAGUUGAUUGCAUUAAACAACGUCAUGAGCAAUUGUCUUUGAUUGAUGAGAAGAGAUUAAAUGCCAUUUGUCAUGGUCAGUGCUAUCAAAAGAGAAUGGCCCGUGCUUACAACAAGAAAGUCAAAGUGUGA